AUGUCAGCCAACCAGCAGGUUUCCUCCAAGCCCGGAGCAGUUGGUGACGUUCAGCAACAAAACACUGGUGUUCAACCCACUAAUAUACAACAACCUCCCAUAGAUGAGGAGAGAAUGUUCCACUUAGUCCAUGAUCUAUCCGUACCGGAAUUAUCCGAACAAGCGUUAGCUGAACUAUCUCGUCACAGGGAAAACUACUCCGACCUAGCUCUUGUUAUAUGGCAUAGCUACGGGACUAUGACAACGCUACUGCACGAAAUAAUUUCCGUUUAUCAAUACUUACACCCCCCAACAUUGACAGCCAUUGCCUCAACCAAAGUCUGCAAUUCCCUAGCUCUACUCCAAUGCGUGGCAUCACACCCGCAGACUAGAAGGCCAUUUUUGAAUGCCCAAAUACCACUAUUUCUCUAUCCUUUUCUAAACAUAGCAUCAAAAAGUAGGCCAUUGGAGUAUCUACGCCUAACUUGUUUGGGUGUUAUUGGAGCACUGGUUAAGACUGAUGAUCCCGUGGCAAUGGGGUUUUUACUUGACACAGAGAUUAUUCCAUUGUGUUUGAGAAUUAUGGAAACGGGGUCGGAUAUUUCCAAAACAGUUGCAAUUUUUAUUGUCCAAAAGAUCCUUUUAGAUGAUAGAGGAUUGAAUUAUGUCUGCGAAACUGCAAAUAGAUUCUAUACCGUUGCUUCCGUAUUAUCUACUAUGGUUAAUGCGUCAGUUGAGGCCCCAUCGAGGCGACUUUUAAAACAUAUAACUCGCUGUUAUCUCAGGUUAACCGAUAAUCCGAGAGCUAAAGAUGCGCUCAGUAAAUGUUUACCCCCGGUACUACGCAAAAUCGACCCUGCGUUUUAUCCGUGUAUCAAAGAGGAACCGGCAUUGAAAAAAUGGCUGCUCCAGUUAAUUUGUAACACCGAACCGGCAAAUAAUCAGGGAAUUGGAAAUCUGCGGCCUAAUAUUUCUCAGGCCCCAAAGCAACAACUGAAGAAUCAGUUCCAAAUGCCUAAUCAUGCUCAGAUGCAGCCUGGUAUUCAACAAUUUAACCCAUCUACUCAAGUUAUUGGACACCAAAUUCCACCAUCGCAACACCGAGCCUCCCCAAAUUUCACCCAAGUUUCGCCAAAUUUCACCCCCGGGGCUUUGGCAAAAACUCCAGCGUCAGAUGCUCGACAGUAA